AUGAUCUUUCCCCCCUGGAACUUUGUCCCCUCCUGGUUCCGAGACAGGAACACUGGAAGCAAACAGCAGGUCGGUCUGCUAUCGAACCCGGCAGCAUCGUCCAACCUCCCACAAUCUGAAACUGGGCCUCAACAUGUCUCAUGCACACAAGACGCUCUUCCGCUCGUCGGGGCAACUGUCGACUCCGGGGAUUCCAAGCGACAUUCUGCCGAGGCGGACGAGAGAAUGGAAAACCACGGUGUUGCGAAGGACGUUGCUCUAGGAGGGACUCGACCUCUAGGGGAUGCGGCUGAAACCGCAGAGCCGGUGCCUCUGCGUAAUAUCGAGGUGGUCCGAGGCGCCGGCGAACACCACAGCUUGAUAGCUCAGGUCUCGCCCUCAGACAUUGACCCUGCUCCUCAUUCCGACGCACGAGAAUCGACCGGCCGUUCGUUGGCUUUGCGUAGUCUAUGGAAUCAACUUAACAGUACCUUCGGGUCCCUCACUGGUGGUCUCAUAACGGCUACUGACCUUAGGCGAGAAGUCAUUCGACAGAGGGGAAUUGCCCUACGAGAAGCUGAAAGCAUAUUGGCUUCUGCAGGCGGUGAUGAUUUGCGACCCCUUCGGGACAUUCUGUUGGGAUUGCUGCGAGUCGAAACACAACUGCAGGAGAAGGAUGAAAACUUGAUUCAGCAAUGUUCCCUCAUUCGCAGCCAAGGUUUCAAAAUAUUUGGCCCUGCAGCAGAAUCUUCAUUCAAAGUCCUUGAAGACCAAGGUGUCAUUGUCCAAUCCGAGGGAUCUGAUACAGAAGAGUCCGUUCUUUCCACGGAUGACAUUCGACUGGAUCAGACCUCCGAGGCUCGACGUUAUCUUUCGAAGAAAGGCGAUGUGGAUCUGCUGAGGGAGACAUUGAUGGAUCUGGAUGUGGAGCAGAUGAUGAUGUCCGAAGCGGGCGAACGACCGAACAUCCUAGAAGACCUCAAGUCCAGGCGGAAUGAAGUAUUACUUGAACUAGGGCGAGCUGAAGAAGAGUUGGCCAGGCUUCAUGACGAACUCCCAGAGAGGAAGGUGAGCAUUUCCGAAGAAUACCUUCGUCUACCUUCGGAACUGGAGCACCCGGUCGCUGGCCAGAGCGAUAUCGAAGGUGGGAAAUUGGGAGACAGCAAAUUGGGGUCUCAAUUUCAGUCGGACGUCCAAGGACACGGCUUGUCCCAAAUUCUCGAAGGCGCAACAAAAGACAAUCCGGUCAGAUCAAAAACACUCGUCAAUGCCUACCUCCUGUAUCAGCUGCAGCGUUCACCUCAAGAGCAGCAAAACUUCCUCAAAACGGUCGAAGAGACUAGCAGAAAAAGCGAUAAAGCUCUGGAAACAGAUCCAAGCAAUCCUCCCCUCGAUAUUUGGUUUGAAGAGGAAACAUCCAAAAAGUCUCGAAGGAAGAAUAUGUCCAGUGAAGGGUUUUCCAGAGGGACCAACGCUGACACGACUGCCAACAUCCAAAAGUCUCACGGUCAGAGUGAACCGCACAAACGACGAAGAGCUCCAGAUGACGAAUAUACCCGUCCGCGAAGUAUGUUCGCUGCCUCAAAAGAUAAUGUUGCCGCUUGGGUAGACGCGAAACACUGA